GUGGGGAAAGAAUUCUGCUGAAUAAAUCCGACGCAAAGGACGGACUACGGCUACGGAUUUCAUUCCCGUUCGUGUACGUUGUUGCGUAAGACAAACGUUGUAUCCCGUGGAAACGACAUACGCACAGACAAUGCUCGCAAUUCAGGUCUAAAAAUACAAUUUCAAAUAGGAUUAAUGCGAUAAAUCCGGUCGCCAAGUCUGAAAGCAAAAGGCACGUAAAAAAAAAACAAUUUAGACAAGGCGAGUCUUCGGAUUCGAAUAAUUGGUGUUUGGAAGAAAGUUUCAGAUCGUUGCGAUGGCAUCCAAGAACUUGAUAUUGGGCGUCGAUUUGGGUACCACCUCGGUGAAGGUGGUCAUCGUCAACGUCGACACGAACGAGAUCGUUGGAAAGCACAGCAAAGACACGCAGUCCAAUGUGCCAAGCGAUCAAGGUACGGAUGGGAACAAGCAGAACGUCCCAAAGAUCAUCUCCGCUUUGAACACUUGCGUCGCCAAGUUGAACAAAGACAUGCUGAGACAGGUCAAGAAAAUCGGUAUUUGCGGUCAAAUGCACGGCGUGAUGCUGUGGAGGAACGAGGCGGACGCGAAACCAUGGGAAAGGGUGGAAAGGGACGGAAGCCUGAUUAGGUACGACGUCGUUCAAGAGAAGGUCUCCGCGUUGUACACGUGGCAGGAUAAUAGAUGCGACGCCGAGUUUAUAGCCUCUCUGCCCAAAGCCCGUUCCCAUUUACCCGCAUACUCCGGUUACGGAAUCACCACCCUUUUCUGGAUGGCCAAACACAAGCCCGACAAACUUGCCAAAUACAAUUGCGCCGGUACAAUUCAAGAUUUCGCCGUCGCGAUUCUGGGGAAUCUGGACAAACCUGUGAUGUCGACGCAGAGCGCUGCGAGCUGGGGAUACUUCGAUUGCAAGGAUCACGAAUGGAAUCUGGAUUCCUUGAAAUCCGGAGGUUUUCCCAUCGAAUUUCUACCGAAAUUGGCGAAAAGUGGAUCCAUCGUCACCGCUCUUACAGAUGACUGGCACACGAUCCCGAAAGGAACGCCCAUCGGUGUUGCCAUGGGUGAUUUACAAUGCUCGGUACUUGCCACUAUCGAGAAUCCUUUGGAUGCUGUGCUGAAUGUAUCAACAUCAGCUCAGUUGGCUUUCGUCGCGCAAGACUUUACGCCGACCAACGAUGAACCCAUCGUAAGACCCAUCGAAUAUUUCCCUUAUUUCGAUGGAAAAUUUUUAGCAGUUGCGGCUUCUUUAAACGGAGGAAACGCCCUGGCGACGUUCGUGAAAAUGAUCCAACAAUGGUGCAUGGAACUAGGCUUCCCGGUGCCCCAAUCUAAAGUAUGGGAAAAGCUGCUCGAUUUAGCGAUCAACGAUAAUGCCGUAUCUGAGCUUCAAAUCCAACCCACUCUGCUCGGAGAAAGGUUCCUUCCGGAGAGCAACUGCUGCGUCAACAACAUCAACAUAGGCAACUUGGGUUUAGGACAGGUCUUCCGGUCCUUGUGCCGCGGACUUCUGCAGAACUUGCACAGCAUGAUGCCCAAAGAUAUUCUGAUCAAGGCGAACAUUUCUCGCAUCGUCGGCAACGGCUCCGGCCUCUCUCGCAACAAAGUUUUACAAACGGAAGUGCAGCAGUUGUACGAACUUCCUCUGGUCUUCACAAGCGGAGGGGACGCCGCCAAAGGCGCAGCAAUGGCCGUCAAAGAUUCCUAGGCGACGGGAGUAUUCCAAACAUAUCAGAGUAUACAGGAAACAUUUCAGCCAGCGCACAACGAAAGUAUUUUUAGAUUAUAAAAGCAAAGCAAAAUAUCACUUACCUUAAAUACACUGUGU